CACAGAAGUUGAAGGUUGAAACUUCUGUCAGUAAACUGACAACACAUGGAAAUUCAAUAAUUGCAGUUUUAUACAAAAAUUGCUUCGUCUGGACACCGAAGUAGUUAGGCCAUUCUGUACCCGAAGUCCCCUCCCUCAGACCAGACACGACAGCAUCUUGACUACAUUUAAGGUCAUGAGUGGUACAGUCCAACAGAUCACUGUAACCAGUGAUCCAGACACCCCUUACUUUCUGCGAGUGGACUGGUCUGUGGACAUUGGUGCUGGAUUCACAUUAGCUCUCACCAGUGGCAGCUCAGCAUGGAUCGGAGAAGUUUCAGAAGAUGAGGUAACAAGGGAAGCCGAUGAUAUGGGAGUCACAAGGGAAAAAUAUGUUAAGGAUCUUCUUCAAGCGCUAACUGGAAGUGGAGGAGGACGAAAGAGACGAGGCGAGGAGGAGGUCUAUUCUUUCCAGCUCACUCCAGAUCACCGUCAUCUCUCAUAUGAGAAGAUCUGUCAUGACAUUUCGGUGCACUUGGGUUCUGUGGAGCUCCAGCCAGCCCCAGAUGCUCUAGAGCUGAACCGAGAGAUGAUUGGCCAGUCUUUAAAGCGCAGUACGGACCUGGAAUUAGACAACUGCAAGCUGUUGGAGGAAAAUCACAGACUGAAACGGGAGCACCAGAGAAUACUUCGAGAGCUGGAGCAGCAGGUUCAGGAUAAGGAGACCUUGGAGGGGGAGCUGUACUCACGUUUUGUCAGGGUGCUGAACGAGAAGAAGGCCAAGAUCAGAGGCCUUCAGGAUGCUCUCCAGCAGCUCCAACAGACGGAUGACCGGCAGAGAGAAGAAGAGGAGGGGGGGAACAGUGUCAAUGACACAACACGUGGUGAAGAUGACAGCCAGGACAGAAGAGAGGAGACAAUUCAGAGCAUCCGUCCAUCUCAGGAGCCAACCAUCCUCAUCACAGGUCGUGAUCUGGUGUGCCAGGGCAUCUCUCUGGACCAGACUUUUUCUGAUGAUGAAGCCGAAGAACCGAGACGGAAGCGGAUGUUAUGUCGAACGCCAGAGUCUUAUGAGCAGGAAUAAAAUUGCAGGGAAUAGAUGACAUUCAGGACUUAUCACGGUCAAAAGGCUUUCCUGAUGAACAUAUUUUCCUGAUCCUUACCCAGCUGUAUGGCAGGCUACUUUUUAUCAACCCUCACCUCGAUACACACAAGCAAGCAAACAGUGACGACCAGGCAACAGGGUCCUGGAAGUGUCCUUGGAUUUGAAGCCAGGUUUGGUCCCAGAUUGUGAAAGCCGUUUUCGGAAAGCCAGAACAUGUUGCAGCCAUCUGGUUUGCUUUAACUGUGACAAUUACCUGCCACAGCUCUCAUGAGAGACUCCCUGCUUGUUUCUCGUCUUCAAUAAAUCAAAAGACGACCAAGUAAGGACGCUAUCUCUUCCCCAAUGCUCCAGACUGUGCGCCAUUUGAUGCUGCCAUCAAGACAUAUCUAAUGGUCAUGUGAGAACAGCCCUGCGCCCUGCAGUGCUUCUUCAGAAAUGUGAUGGUGUUUGCUGCUAAUGACUGAAUCUGGAGCGUGGAAGCAAUUUCUCUCAAGAGUUUGCCCUGAGCUUGAAUUUGGCUGCCAAGCCCCUCGGCUCUGGCUCUGUGUGAGACCGGAGAAAGAGUAACAACUACUGAGGGACAACAAGCUACACCCAGAAAGCAGGCUGUCACCAGCAAGGCACCGAAACUGCUUUGUUGCUGCUUAUUCAUCCUGUCUUGCUGAUGUUUUCCUCCCUCUUUUCAUUAUGAAAAUAAACUAGCGGCCAUCUCUUUCAUUUCCCUUUUCUAAACUAGCAUUUUGAGAACAAUAAUUUCACCUCCCCCUUUUUUCUUGCUUCCAUCUGCCCUUUUAUUUCUGCAGAUGGUCUGUGGCCCAAACUACCUGAAGGGUGUUUUGCAGGGGGUUAAUAGGGUUAUGUUGUCUCUCACCGUCUUCACCUUCUCACCUUUUCCUUUACCUCUGCUACCAGCUUUAGGUCCUCGGGUCAUCACAGUGUGUCUUCACACUGACAGUAAUGAACCUACUGAGACCUACUCAGAGUCUUUAUCUGACCAUUCUACCUUUGACUUCUGGUCCUCCCUGCUGUCUUUCAUGAUUGUGAUGAUACCUACAUGUCUGCUGAAGACCACGGGUGGGCGCCAGGAUAAUCCCACAACACGCGCUUGUCGGUUUAGUAAUCCUCACAGGAAUGUAACACUCUUUCUGUGCUUUGUGUUUUCUUAUUAUAAAGUCAUUUUAGAACUUAUUUAUUUAAUUUCUCAUUGAUUUUGAAUAAAACCAAUUGUUCCCUUGAAGGAAGGAGAAAGUAAUAUUUUAAUAUGUUAGAUGUUGUAAAUGUUUUACAAAGGCUUUCUGGGUAAAUUUACAUUGUGAAGUGUCUCAAAAGAUGAUCAUUUCAACCUGACUUCAAUAAAAACAAAUUACUGUGCAAUA